CAGGACAAUAAAACCCCACAAAGAAGCGUUUACUGUUAUGUGCCUGCUAUGGGAGUUGAAAUGGAGGAUGAAGAUGGCACAUGUUUACUUGAUGUGCUGUGUGACCCACAAGCCUUGAAUGAUUUCCUUCAUGGGACAAAAGAGCUGCUGAGUGGAGACCUACUCAUUAAUUCCUCCUCUGGGGAGCCAUCCCUGUUCACAGACACCCCGAGUCCUGUCUCUCUGUUGGCAGAUGAUUCUGGCUCUCAUGACAUGCCCAUAUCAGGCUGUGUGGACCUUUCCUUCCUGGAUGAGGCCUUGCUGGCUUCACCAGCAGGAGAAGAUUCAGAAGAAGUACAAGAUGAUCCCAAAGUCCAGUCAGAGGUGGCACAGCAACAGGAAGAGGAGGAGGAGACAUGCGACAUCCUGCAGCAGAGUCUUCAGGAGGCUGACAUCACUGAGCACACACUAGCUUUAGAGGCAGGUCUUGCCCAGUCUGGCGAAAGCCUCUCAAUUUACCCAUCGGGUAUGUCUUCAACAUCACCUACAUAUAUGGCCAAACCUAUGAGCAUCUCUGGGGUCACAACACUGCCCAGGGACACCCAAAUUGCAGUGGAGCCUCCUCAGCCAUCUCUGUUAGCAGUGGGACCAGGAUGUCCCUCUCUUAAACCUGCAGCACCCCAGUUAAUGGGACUCUUACCUGGUAAUGUAUUUCCUGCACCUCCCUCUGAAGCAUCCUUCUCCCUAAGCCGUGCGCAGGGUUCUGGAAUGAUCAUCCACAAAACCCUGCCAGGUAUUACAUUGAGCCCUGCCAUUAGGACCACAGCUCCUCCAGAGAUCAUACUGCAGAGGACUCCGUUGCCCAUCCAGCCCAAGAUGGCAGUCAGCAUCCAACCUAGAUUGGUGCAAAUAAGUCCAAAACCAUCAGAUCAGAAAUCCUCCCCAGGACUUGCUUUUAUUCCACCAGUCACAUCACAGAACAUCUUACUGUCCUCUCCUGUGAGCUCUAGGCAGGCUAUUCCAUCACCUUCCUCAGCUACACUCAACAAGCCUGUGAGUCUCCAGCUAGUCAACCAGGGAGGCUCCAUUGUCAUUCAGCCCCAGGGUCUGUUUCAGGGUCAAAGCCACUUCAUUCUGCCUAGCCAAAGCUCUGUAACCCAGUCUGCAAGUGCUGUCAGGCCCCUUCUCAGCACAACAAGCAAUCAAAUUCCAAGCGGAGCCCCUCUGGCAGGACAGCUUGUUGACGGCUCACAGAUUGUAACAGUACGCCCCAGGCAACUGAAUUUUAGUCCCGUGUUUACCACUCCAACUGGGCAGCUCACACUCAGACAGGGAACUCUUCUGUCCGGACCAGUGCAGCUUCAGUCAGCACCUCCUACCGUCUUCCAGAUGCCGGCACAGCUAACGGGGGCCUACCCACCUCAAGCACAAGGGCAGCAUGGUGGUGUUGUUCACAGCCCUUCAUUAGGGAAGCAGAUCACCUUGAUCAACAGUUCUGGUGUGCUUGCCCCUGAUAUGACCUCCAUAUCAAUUGUAAACGGUCCAUCAGUGGUGCAAAGCCUGCCCUUUCUGUCCCGGGCACAGAGACCUUUGGCCAGAGGCCCUGAAGAGCAGCUAAGUCUUCCACAGACCCCAGUGCUUUUGCUGCCGGAAAGAGCAGCAGCAGAUAAAAAAGAAGCAAGUGAGCAACUCCAAAGUAUCUUACAACAGUGUACAGUGUCUCCUUCAGCCCCAGCACAACCCACUGUUGCUCAAAUCCACACACAUCCUUCUCCAGUUAUCACUCUUCUGCAAACACCACCACAGAGCACUCUUGCCACUGAGCCUGGUGCAUUGUUGUCCAGAAACUUACCAAAAGCUGCUGAGGGAGGCCAUACCCCAAUAAAUGAAGUCCUCACACACCACUCCAUACAAGAAGCUUCUGCUGAAUCCCUGGACAGCCACAUCUCUCCUGCUGUUAGCGAGUCUGAGGCUUCACCCACAGCACUGGUCGUGUGUCCACCAUCUGAGGUUCUCUCUGUGCUAUCAGAGUGUGGAGGGAUCCCCACCCCAGUGCAUUCUGGAUCAGAGCACGGUGAUAUGCUGGCUUCACCACCCUUACCCCAGUACUCUGGGAGCACCCCCUCCACCAUGUUCCCUACACCUCCACUCUCAGACAGACAGCUGACUGCGCCAUCUGCAUUUGUAGUUCAGACUGCAAACAUGCAUCUGAACGAGGAAACUGUGCUUUGCAUGAGUCCUUCUUCUACUCCCGAAAAUAUAUUUGCAUCUGAGAAUCAGCAUUUACCCAUCCAUGUAUCUACCACCAUCGAUGGAACACUGGAGUCUGGCCUGAAUGAAGCCCAGCAGCACAUGCAGCAAACAAAAUUCGGAGACCCUGGUUUAGCGGCUGAGAGUGAAGUUAUCUCACUGGACCUACAGGAGAAUCAUGAGGUCUUGACAUCCCAGGAUGCACAAAUUCAGGCUCUGAUCCAGGUGCCAUCUGUCAGUGUGAAAACAAGUGAAAGACUCACUCCAGCAAUGAGGCAGCACAGGGUCCAGCAGCAGCUUUAUUCAGACCACAACGCUGUUCUUAAUCCACACACUUAUUCACAGUUCAUUUCACUAGAGGACGCUGUGAGAAACCUGUUACCCUACCAUACCUGCUCCAGAGCCCUACCCAGCCAAGCUGACCUCAUAUCAGUGGACAAGCAGUUUGAGAACGCAUCAUCACUCCUGCUAAAACAUACUACAGAUAUGCUAAACAAGUACAGGCAACUAUUACUGACAGAGACCCAGCAAGAUAGUCCGUCAGCAGAGAUGGUGAUGCUGGAGCGGUUAUUCCUACAGUCAGAGAGAGUCCUGCUCAGUGAGGAGAGACGCAGAGCCAGGGGAGAUCCAGAUUCCUUCCUCAUGACCUUGCACAAAGCGUCAUUGCACCGCAGCAUGUUGCCUUCGUGCCAAGCUGAUUCCUCUACGAGUCCUCCAUCACCCCCUGCUUGGGCCUUACACUCAGAUCGUCCUCCAGGUCUUAAAACAUAUCGCUCCAGGAGCAGAGGGGCAUUGCGACUCACUAUCAAACAAGAGUCUGGAUCUCGCAAAGUCGUUCAUAACUCUGCCUGUGAUGAGCCACAAGCUCCAACCGGACAUAAACGCAAUUCGGACGGGCAUCUGAUUAACGGUGAGGAAAACAGACAUGAAAAACAGGAAACGCUUAACCCACCCUUACUCAGUCCUACAGAGACGAGCUUGGAGCAUAAGGCAGCAGUGAGGCGAUCUCACACCGUCAUGGACAAAAACAGGACAGCCUGUGAAUCUAUAGAAAAGUCCGAGCACAAAUUUGAUAGCGCAGCUGGUUUGUUACCAGAUGUGCAUCCAACAGAGAGUAAAAGAACCAAACUGGAUAUUUCAGAUGCAUUGGUGGAUGAAAGUGGGCUCAGUGAGCAUUUGCAGAGUGCCAUCGACAGCAUUCUGGAGCUGCAGCGACUGCAGGGACCAGCGACUCAUCUCAAACCCAAACUGCAGCCGAGCAGUGCACUGGAGCAGGACAUCAGCUGUGUUCUGGAGGGAGAAUUGUAA